AUGAGUGACGGCGACGCCGCAGCAUGCUGCUGCUGCAUCUGGACAUGCCUCAUCAUCCUAGCCCUCCCCAUCUCCCUAAUCUCCCUCAGCCUGAAAACCCACAACCCGAGAAUCUCCGUCGAGGACCUCUACAUCCCGGCGAUCAACGUGGCCGCGCCCUCCAACGCGACGCGCCUCAACACCUUCGUCUUCAUCGACCUCCGCCUCAAGAACGCGAUGCCCCUCAACGGCCUCCGCUACCAGGUGGUCAACCUCACCCUCUCCUACGGCGGCGCCGCGGUGGCGGAGGGCGCAGUGGCCGGGUUCUACCAGGGGAUGAUGAAGACGGCGAGGAAGACCGCGGUGCUGCGGACGUGGGGGAUGCCGUGGGAGGAGGCGUUCGAUAGGAUAGCGAGGGGGCUGACGGUGGACGUUGCGGUGGAGGUGGCGAUGGCGGUGAAGCUGCGGCGGUGCGGGGUGUAUAUGAAGAGGAAGGUGGUGGUGGUGGAAGGGGUGGUGAGCGUCGAUGGGUCGGGGGAGGAGGUGGAUGAGAAGGUUGUCAGAUUGAAAUGA